UGGGGAAUAAUGCUGCCGGCUGUCUAACUGGCAGCCUGCUCUCUCCCAGCUCUGUGUCCUACUUCAUCUCCCUCUCUCCCUCUCUCUCCCCCUAAAUCCGUGUCUCCGUCAGUGCCAUGGGCAGAGGCAGGGGUUAAAGCGCUAACCACACACACACACAGUCCGUGCCUUGCUCCACACUCCUGCUUGCCUGUGUGUGUGUGUGUGAGGGGAGCUCUCUCUCUCUCUCUCUGUGUGAGGGGAGCUCUCUCUCUCUCUCUCUGUGUGUGCAACUCCCCAGCGCUUGAGCCGGUUCCAUCUCAAGGUUAAUACCAGGCGCAGGAAAUUUGCAGGAGGAAUUAUCAGCGACCCAUCCAAUGUGCCCAAUUUGCUGCAUAAAUCUCAUCUUGGAUCGAGAAGAAAGAUAAAUCAAACAGGCAAGGAAACUGGCCUUGAAGAUCGGGAGACGCGAAUCUGAGCAGAUAUCUCAACUCAAACUGGACGGGAACUGAUGCUGCUGCUGCGCCGUGUGGAUUAAUUCAGCUGUUUUCCCCUUGUAUUUGGAAGACGCGUGAGGGGGAAAAGUCAGUUGAGAAAACAAGAAAAGAACAGCCCACAACCGCUCGCCUGGCCAAAGGACUUUAGCUAAACCCAGCCCCCGGGGGUGUGUGGGGGACCGCCAGCCCGUGAGACUGGGGUUGGCCAACCCUCCUUGGUGGAAGGACCUCAUUGUUCAAGGGGAGUGUUUUGCCUUCAUUGGAAGACGUUCCUGUAUUGCAAGAUGGUAACUGUGGACUCAGAUGGAUAAUACCAGUGUCGGAUGCAAUUAGUUGGAUCUUUGCGGUGGUAAAUGGAUCCUCUGGAUUGUAUUAAUCCAGUUGCUCGAAAUUAAGAUUGAAGUUGAUUCCCAGCCUGAGACCAAGGCUGCUUUCUCAUUUCUGGAAGGUUGUAUGCUCACUCUGAGAUCAGAAAACAAUGUUGAACUCCAAUGGAAUACCAUGGAUGUCUUUUGUCCUUGCUCCAACCUUGAAUCUAAACAUCCUGCUUUGGAUAACGACCCUUGCGGUGCGGUUUGGCCUUCUCAGUUGCCAGGAAAACUAUCCCAUUGUCAACACCAACUAUGGGAAGCUCAGGGGGGUGAGAACGCCGCUUCCCAAUGAGAUCCUGGGACCCGUGGACCAGUACCUUGGAAUACCGUACGCCUCAGCUCCGACGGGAGAGAGACGCUUCCAGCACCCGGAGUCCCCAUCCUCCUGGACCGGCAUCAGGAACGCUACGCAUUUUGCCCCAGUCUGCCCCCAGAACAUUCACGGGAUCUUGCCCGAUGUGAUGCUGCCGGUCUGGUUUACCUCCAACCUGGAUAUCGUGGCCACUUACAUCCAAGAUCAGAGUGAAGACUGCCUCUACCUGAACGUCUACGUUCCGACUGAGGACGGAGCCAACACAAAGAAACACGCUGAUGAUAUAACCAGUAAUCAUGGUGAUGAAGAUGAAGAUAUCCAUGACAAUGGUCCCAAACCAGUUAUGGUAUACAUUCAUGGAGGUUCCUACAUGGAAAGCACAGGCAACUUAAUCGAUGGAAGCAUUCUGGCAAGUUAUGGAAAUGUCAUUGUUGUCACACUCAACUACAGGCUCGGGGUUUUAGGCUUUCUAAGCACAGGUGACCAAGCUGCCAAAGGCAAUUAUGGAUUGCUGGACCAAAUUCAGGCAUUAAGGUGGAUCAGUGAAAAUAUCGGAGCUUUUGGAGGAGAUUCGAUGCGGAUUACAGUCUUUGGAUCUGGGGCAGGAGCAUCCUGUGUCAGUUUACUGACACUCUCCCAUUAUUCAGAAGGUCUGUUCCAGAAGGCAAUUAUUCAGAGUGGGACAGCCUUGUCUAGCUGGGCUGUUAACUACCAGCCUGCCAAGUAUACCCGCUUGCUGGCAGAGAAGGUUGGCUGCAGUAUGCUGGACACCAUCGACCUGGUGGAGUGCCUCCGGAUGAAGAGCUACAAGGAGCUGAUUGAGCAGGACAUUAUGCCUGCCCGUUACCACAUCGCUUUUGGGCCAGUCAUUGACGGAGACGUCAUUCCUGAUGACCCCCAGAUCCUCAUGGAGCAGGGCGAGUUCCUCAACUAUGACAUCAUGCUGGGUGUCAACCAGGGCGAGGGCCUGAAGUUUGUGGAGAACAUGGUGGACAACGAGGACGGGAUCUCGGCCAGCGACUUCGACUUCGCUGUCUCCAACUUUGUCGACAACCUGUACGGCUACCCGGAGGGGAAGGACACCCUACGGGAGACCAUCAAGUUCAUGUACACUGACUGGGCGGACAAGGAGAACCCUGAGACCCGCCGCAAGACUCUUGUAGCGCUGUUCACUGACCACCAGUGGGUAGCGCCAGCGGUGGCGACAGCAGACCUACACGCCCAGUAUGGCUCACCCACCUAUUUCUACGCCUUUUACCACCACUGCCAGAGCGACAUGAAGCCAGGCUGGUCUGAUGCUGCGCACGGAGAUGAAGUCCCCUAUGUCUUUGGCGUCCCCAUGAUUGGACCCACUGAGCUUUUCCCCUGCAACUUCUCGAAGAACGAUGUCAUGCUCAGUGCGGUGGUCAUGACUUACUGGACCAACUUUGCAAAGACAGGUGACCCAAACCAGCCCGUUCCACAAGACACAAAAUUCAUCCACACAAAACCCAACCGGUUUGAGGAGGUGGCCUGGUCAAAGUAUAAUCCAAAGGAUCAACUGUACCUUCACAUCGGCCUGAAGCCCAGGGUGAGGGAGCAUUACCGUGCUACGAAAGUGGCCUUCUGGCUAGAAUUGGUCCCCCACCUUCACAAUCUGAACGAAAUCUUCCAGUACGUGUCAACCACCACCAAAGUGCCGCAGACCGACUCCACGCCAUUCCCUUACGUGACCCGACGGGCCCCAGGGAAGCUGUGGUCCUCCACCACCAAGCGGCCGCCUCUGACACCUUCCCACAACCCCAACAAGCAGGCCAAAGAUACGCGCAAGUCCAGCCCUGAAGAGACGACAGUCCUGAUUGAAGACAAGAGGGACUAUUCGACCGAGCUAAGCGUCACCAUUGCCGUGGGGGCGUCGCUGCUCUUCCUGAACAUCCUGGCGUUUGCUGCCCUCUACUACAAGAAGGACAAGCGGCGACACGAGACACACCGGCGACAGAGCCCCCAGAGAGGGGGUGGUGGAGGCACCGCCAACGACCUGGCUCACCUCCAGAACGAGGAGAUGAUGUCACUGCAGAUGAAGCAAAUGGACCACGAGCACGAGUGUGAGGCGAUGCAGACCCACGACACCCUGAGGCUCACCUACCCACCCGACUACGCCCUGACCCUGAGGAGGUCACCGGACGACAUCCCGCUCAUGACCCCCAACACCAUCCCCAUGAUCCCCAACACCCUGGCUGCAAUGCAGCCCCUGCACACCUUCAACACGUUCACCGGUGGACAAAACAGUACGAGCUUGCCCCACGCACAUUCCACCACUCGGGUAUAGCUCCCCCUGUUGGAGGAGACCCUUUUACCCCCAUUUGAGUUUCCCACCUCCCCUCCCCCAAUUGAGCGAGAAAUCUCAUUUUGUUUCUUUUUUUUUCCAUUUUUUCAACACAAUUUUAACAAGCGGCGAAGCAGAACUUGUCAGCAAACCAUCCGCAAGUAGAAGACAAAUAUCGGAGUAACUACUUUCUUUUUGGUGGAGAGGGUGGUGGGGGUGGGAAGGGGAUAAGUUGCUAUAUUCACUUCACGGUUGUAUUGUUUCAAUUAACAUAGCCAAGGGAAAGACAAAAUAAAAACAAAAUAAAGAGGAACAGUGCAUUCUACAAUCAGAGUUGAAAGCAGAAGUCUUUUAUAAAUGAUGAACAUUUGAAAAACUAAUUCAAAUAUUCCACUGUAUCAGAUGGAACUGACAGCUCAGUGUCCAACAGCGCAGAGAAUUGUGGAUCUUUUCUAACCAUCUGGCAGAGACAGUGAGAAAUAUAAACCAUAGGACAGUGUAUUCAACAAAGGAUAGCUCUCGUUUCAAAGUAAGUGAUUGUACAGUGUCUUCAAUGUGCCAUGCUGUGUUACACCCUUAUUGCCAGGAAUUAAUGAUCGAACAAAGGCUUUUUUUUUAAUUGAGAUGUGUGAUGGUACUGCACUUGAUGAAUAUCCCAUUUCAUCGAUGAAAGGACAAUUCAGUUGCGUGGAUCCCAAGCCUGUAUGAAGUGAGACUGACUUGUCCCUCUGAACUGUAUUUAUGAAACUUUGUAAACAUUUGUAAAUAGCUGUGGGUUUAAAGAAAAAAAUGCUUUUAUCGUUCUUUUUAAGUUUUAAAGGGUCAGCUUUUAGACAGCUUGUGCUUUAUAUCAUGUUCUUUCUGUAUAUACAUGAGAUGAACCAUCUCUGUUCUCUGCCAAUUACUUUACCUGGAUAUUAUGGUACCUGAAGUACUUUUGAGGCUAGGGAAUUUGUAACAUCAACCUCUGUAGAAGAUAUGCCCGCUUAUGCUUAUUGCCCAGAACAUUUCUUCUAUGUAACUUAGCUUAUCUCUGUUUUAGAUUAUGUUAGGUGCAUGUUUAAGUAUCGUAGCGAGCGACUGUGGAUUUGUAUUUUCUUUUGGUACAUGAUCAGGAAGGAAAAGGUGAGUCAGGAUACAAGACAACAUAUGACUUGUGGAGUCCUGAAGGCAGUUGGGCAGGAUAUGGAGAAUUUACAAAUAAACGAUACUGUUAAUAUUUAAAGCAGAUGACAAAAAAAAAGUUUUCUCUCAUCAUCCAUCUUGCAUCAAUUCUUCAGGACAAUGCUUUUGUUAUUUGCCUUUUGUGGGAGGGAUGGGGCUUGCAACAAGCUGAUGACUGACUCAGUUUGGAUUAGCAGGUCCAGGCGAUGUGUCUGAGGGGGUCAGUGACUAGGGACACAGUUUCUCCUGCUCGGUAAGAGUGCCUCGCAACCCUAGAGGGUCCGUAUUGAAAUUUUCCAGAUCACAAACUUCGAGAUGUUCGGGGUACAAAGGUUAAGGGAUAAUUAUCUGCUUUGGGGAAUGAUAGACAGAUUGAACAUGGUUUUGCCUUUGGGAGAAACAUACCUCGUAAGGACACAAGUCUAGAAUACAAGUAAUAUACUUUCAUUUGAAUCUUGUUAACUGUGUGUAUUCUUUAUCUCAUUAUGUCCUAUACAUUUUGAAGCACGAAGGGUCUUUAAAUGUAGUAUAUCGAUGUAUAUGUUUUUGUUCACUUUUGUUUGCCUUAAGUGAUAAUAGACAAUGACCUUUUGGCUGGACAUAUAUAUAUAUAUAAAAUUUUCAGCAGCUUUUUUAAAUAAAAUGAUCACACUAUUUUCUAAUUUAUUGUACUUUUGUUAUGAAUGAUUAAAUCUCACAG